CAUCUCAACCUGGACAAAUUGAGCUUUCGAMGAGAUUUUGGUGAAUUUUACCACAAUCGUUUACCCUCUUUUAACUGCUGUUUCGACGCAAUAAUCCUACUGGAUAAGGAAUGGGGCUUAAGCCUCUAGAAUUUGCUGACUGUUUGCUGGAUAGUCCAUAUUUUCGUGAAAAUAUCCACGAUCAUGAGCGGGAACUCGAACAGACGAACGAGGCCAUCAAAGGUUUAAUCAAGGAAUGCAAAGCGCUGCUUAAAGCUACUGAAAAUCUAUCAAAAGCCCARCAAAGCUUUGCUCAAGUACUGGAUAAUUUUAGAUUUGAGUGUAUUGGUGAAGUGGAGACAGACGAUGAAAUACUCAUUGCUGCUGCUUUAAAGGAAUUUGCAUCAGUAAUCCAAGUAGUUGAAGAUGAAAGGCUUCGAAUGAUCAAUCAUGCAAACUUUCAACUCAUCCAGCCUUUGGAGGCUUUCAGAAAGGAACAAAUUGGUGGUGCCAAGGAUGAAAAGAAGAAAUUUGACAAACAAACUGAAAAAUUUUGUCUGACUGUACAAAAUUAUGUCAAUAUGUCAUCCAAGAAGAAAGAAACACAGUUAAAAGAGGCUGACUCUUCAGUUGAACAUGAAAAGAAAGUCUUCCAUCAGACAGCUCUUGAUUAUGUCUUCAAACUUCAAGAAGUUAAUGAGACUAAAAAAUUUCAAUUUGUAGAAACACUAUUAUCUUUUAUGUAUGUACAGAUGACAUUUUAUCAUAGUGGACAUGAAGCUUUCAAGGAUUACAUGGAGUAUAUGACAGAUUUACAGCUAAGAUUACAAAAUACUAGAGAUAGAUUCAGUGCCACAAAAGAGCAAGCUGAAACGCUUAUGAAUAAAGUCCAGCAGAAAGCGUCAAGUGGUGAACUGCAGUAUCAGGGGACGCACACUAGACAAGGAUAUUUAUAUGUCCAAGAAAAGAGAAAAGGUGGCCUGGGCUAUACCUGGACAAAACAUUACUGCUAUUACACCAAAGAAAACAAGAUUUUAACCAUGAUUCCUUAUGUACAAACYCAAGGCAAAUCGAGUUCUUGUACAGAUACAAUGGUUAUAACAUCAUGUACAAGGAAAAUGUCUGAUUCAACUGACAGGAGAUUUUGUUUUGAUAUYACUGCAUUGGAUAGGCAGGGACCUAUAACGUUGCAGUGUUUGAACGAAGAAGACAGAAAACUAUGGYUGGAAGCCAUGGAUGGGAAAGAACCGGUGUACAUGGAUUCAAAUCAGUUCCCUGUCAUGGAUGAUGAUGAAAAGACUGAGCUGGGUUUAGAAUUCAUCAAAAAGGCAAUUAAAGCUAUUGAAACUAGAGGUAUAACAGAUCAAGGACUGUACAGAAUUGUCGGCGUUGGAUCCAAAGUCCAGAAUGUUAUUUUUCAGUGUAUAGAAAAGAAAAAGAUUUCAUCUAUAGAUUUGGAAAGUGAUGAAUGUGAAUUUGAAGUGAAAACUAUUACUAGUAUAACAGAUCAAGGACUGUACAGAAUUGUCGGCGUUGGAUCCAAAGUCCAGAAUGUUAUUUUUCAGUGUAUAGAAAAGAAAAAGAUUUCAUCUAUAGAUUUGGAAAGUGAUGAAUGUGAAUUUGAAGUGAAAACUAUUACUAGUGCUUUGAAGCAGUAUCUAAGGAACAUGUGUCCACCAGUUUUUACCUUUGAUUAUCAUGAGGACUUUCUGGAUGCUGUCAGACAAGAUACAUAUGACAAAAGAAUAGCAAAGUUAAAGAAGUUGAUGCAAAUGAUUCCUGAAAACAAUAGAAAUCUCAUUUUUAUAAUUAUGACUCAUCUGAGAAAAGUGGCAGCUCACUCCAAUAAGAACCUGAUGGCUGCCAGUAAUCUUGGUGUAGUCUUUGGUCCAACUCUAAUGAAGUCUAAGGAAGAAAGCAUGGCUGCCAUUAUGAAUUUAAAGUAUCAGAGUGUAGUUAUUGAGCUUUUAAUAAAAGAAUACCAUAAAAGCUUUCUUUGUUUUAGAGUGGCAGCUCACUCCAAUAAGAACCUGAUGGCUGCCAGUAAUCUUGGUGUAGUCUUUGGUCCAACUCUAAUGAAGUCUAAGGAAGAAAGCAUGGCUGCCAUUAUGAAUUUAAAGUAUCAGAGUGUAGUUAUUGAGCUUUUAAUAAAAGAAUACCAUAAAAUAUUUGAUGUCCCUGAAGAAGAAGAAGUAAAUGAAAAGAAGGAAAGUGAAGACAAACCUCCAGUCCCGCCACCAAAGAAGAAGAUUUCACAGUCUAGUGAAGGCUCGCAGAACUGUAUAGAUGGUGGCAAGCCUCCGGUGUCAAGCAAAGGGCAUCCUGCACCACCUCGUCCUAACAGACCAGCACCAGCRCCACGUCCAAAGAAGCUAAUUCCUUCUACUGGACAUGAUUCUGAGGAAGACGAAGCAAGUUCUAAAUCAUCUGGAUCAUCAGUUGGUAGUCUUCCUUCUUCUGAGAAUGUGAGAAGUUCAACAAAUGUUCAAAUGAGAGAAAAACCACUUCCUCCUCCUAAGAAGUCUGAAGUUGUUGCUGAAUUCAGAAAUCGACAUUCAGCUAUCUUCAGUAAYGAGACCAGACUGCCUUUUGCCGAUACUCCUAUGCGACCUCUUUCUGUGGUGGUUAAGUCAUUCAAUUUGAAUGACGAAGUUGGUAAACGAGGCAGUAAAAGUGUUGAUGGGCUAUUCAAGUCACCUAGGUCRCCAAGAACAACUCCACCACCUUUACCUCAGACACCACCUCCUGCAGAACAUAAUUUAGUUCCUCCUCGAACACCAAGAAAAGCACGAAGUUUGUAUCCUUGUGUUGCAGAAAACACUUCUGAACUGUCCUUUGAAGCAGGAGCUGUAAUAUCAAAUGUUCGUGAAUCGAAAGAGCCAGGAUGGUUAGAAGGAACAAUAAGUGGGAGAACAGGACUUAUCCCAGCAAAUUAUGUUGAAUAUAUAACUUAAUUGAACKACAAUCAACUAAAUGGAUAUUAGCAUUAAUAUAUAUAAUAUCAUUUAUAAUAACUAGUACAAAUUUUAAUAAAUCAAAUGUUAGUAGUUCACAGCUGAUAUGCCACUCACGGAAGAUGAUAACGAGCAGCACUGACUAUAAUGUACUUUGACCUUUGCAAAGAAUUAUAUGUUAGCACUCAAUCUGUGAAACAUUUAGUAAAGUAGUGAAAUUAUUGCUUAUGAGACAAGGGAAAAUAGAGAAUUUUAGUAUUGCAGUUAGUGCUAUUUAGUACUUUCACAGAUUUAACGCAAGCAUGAUAGGGUUUGUUAUACCAUGCUCUUCAAAUGAGUCUAAUAUUAGUAUGCUAUAAUGGGUGGGUAGAAUGAUAUUCAAUUUAUCUUUGCUGAAUGAAAAUAGACYAUUUGUAUCGACUUGCUCRUCAUCUUGAAUUCCACUUGUUUUCUGUAAGAAGUAUGGGAAGUCCAGAAGGCAACAAAAAAAUAGAAUUAAUUCAAAGCGAAAARUAAGAACUAAUUGACCACAAGUAAUUCAAAAUGACAGCUAUAAUAGUAAACAAGGUCUAUUGAAAUAAUAUUGUGUUAAUUGUAUCAUAAUGAUAAGCAUUUAUCCACAAGUAUUGAGAAUUGAUAUGUAAAUAUAUAUUAGAUGAACAGGAUAAUUUAUCGUGUGUAGUUUUUAAUGAUUAUGUAGAUCUAUGACCUUUUAUCUAACUUUUUACUUUUUUAUUGCYAUAUAGUACUUUAUUUUGUUGAUAGCUUGAGCUUUGUGUGUAGAAAAUUAGUCUUCUUCAGGCCUGCCUUGAUUUUGGUUUUGCCACUUUGUAUACAGUAUAUGAAGAAACGCUUCGAUUUUUUUUGUGUUGAUGUUAAAGAGUAAUGGACCCUUUGCUAAUAGGGAUUAAAAUAAAACCAAAUAAUAAUAAUCUAACAAUGUGGUCUUAUCAGCCAACUGGUGAACAAUUGCCCUAUGUCAURAUUACGUCACGCUAAAAUAUUCUAUUAAGAUUAUGGUCACCAGAGGAAAAAUAACUUCAUAUCAAAUAAGAAAUAUUGAUGGUGGUAUAUAUCAAAACAAGAUAAAAUUAAAGUUUUACUUUCUAAGAGAAUAUUAACAGAUUCCAAUUUCCACUGCAAACAUGCUGUGACGUCAAUAUGUAAUGGGGAAAUUGAAGCAAAAAUUCAAAUUCUGCAACAAUAUAUAUCUGAUAUAUCCUAUCUCCCUACUAAAAAGUGUUGUUGAACCCUGAAAAAAUAUAGCUUUGUAAAACCAUAUAAUAUCAUGUAAAUUAAUAAAGUAUAGCUGAAAACAAAGAAGUAGAGAGAUUAAUAAAUAUCAUAGUAUUUGUA